UAUAUACACGGGAUAUAGAAGGAGGAGGAGACCAUCGAUCGAUUGAUCUCAUUCUCAUAGGCCACUACUAUACAUACACAAAUUAAAUUGGAUUAUAGGAUGGCGGGUUCGGAAGCAAACAAGAAGCAGGAGGAGGAGGCGUUUCUGUUUGCGAUGCAACUGGCAAGCGCAUCAGUUUUACCAAUGGUCUUGAAAUCUGCGAUCGAGCUUGAUCUGUUAGAGACGAUUGCCAAAGCAGGGGAGGGUGCGUACGUGUCUCCAUCGGAGUUGGCAGCCCAGCUCCCGAGCAAGGCCAACCCUGAAGCCCCCGUGAUGCUUGACAGGAUCUGCCGUCUACUGGCCAGUUACUCGGUCCUCACAUGUACCCUCAAAGACGGUGAAGAACGUCUCUAUGGUUUGGCACCCGUAUGCAAAUACUUGGUCAAGAACCAAGAUGGUGUUUCCAUGGCACCUCUCUUGCUCAUGAAUCAGGAUAAGAUUCUUAUGGAGAGUUGGUACCAUCUGAAAGAUGCGGUGCUAGAUGGAGGGAUUCCAUUCAACAAGGCAUAUGGGAUGACAGCAUUUGAGUAUCACGGGAAAGAUCCAAGAUUCAACAAGGUUUUCAACAGUGGUAUGUUUAAUCACUCCACCAUGACCAUGAAAAAGAUCUUGGAUAUCUACGAUGGUUUCGAUAGCCUCAACACUCUGGUUGAUGUCGGUGGUGGCACGGGUGCCAGCCUCAGCAUGAUUGUUGCUAAACACCCUUCCGUCAAGGGCAUCAACUUUGAUUUGCCUCAUGUCAUCGAAGAUGCAACUACUAUUCCUGGGAUCCAGCAUGUUGGUGGAGAUAUGUUUGAGAGUGUGCCAAAAGGAGAUGCCAUUUUCAUGAAGUGGAUAUGUCAUGACUGGAGUGAUGCGCAUUGCCUGAAGUUUCUCAAGAACUGCUACAAGGCAUUACCAGACAAGGGUAAAGUGAUAUUGGCGGAAUGCAUUCUUCCGGAGGCACCAGACUCGAGCCUAGCAACCCAAAAUGUGGUACACAUAGACGUCAUCAUGCUGGCCCACAACCCCGGAGGCAAAGAGAGGACCGAGAAGGAAUUCGAGGCCUUAGCCAAGGGUGCUGGUUUCAAUGGUUUCCGCAAAGCCUGUUGCGCUCUCAAUACAUGGGUUAUCGAGUUUACCAAAUAGACACGCCAUCCAUCGAAUCUCAUCCUUUAUUAUUUUGACAACUUUUUCAUAUAUAUAUAUAUAUAUAUGAUAUGACGUCGUCUUUAAUUCAAUGGUCUGAUCGAUCGGUCUACCACUUUGUAGACAUACAUAUUAAUUUUUCAUUGGUUUCCAUUGCUUUUGUGCGUGUGAAUUUAUAAAAUUUGUUUUUAAUAACAACUUUAAUUA